CACUUGUCUUUCUCAUGUUACAUUUGCAGUCAUCUUCUUAUCAAAACACACUGUACUUUUUAAUUAGGUAUUAAGCAGUAUGAAAUCUUAGCAGAAAGAAUACUUGCAAUUGUAUUAUUCCAAUCAGGCAUGUGUUCUGUAGGAGGAUCAUUUCUGUAGGAGGAUCAAGGAAACAAACACUCUUCUUCAGACAGAUUGCUUGAUAGUUCAGGGCAUCAUAUCAGCAUUUUUUUUCUCUCUCCCAGAAGCAAGAGAAAUCCAGGAUGUCUGGAUAAAUAAAAGAAAAUCCACGUUCUGAACAAAUAAGCUAAAGUGAAUUUGAAGAAAUUUACCUUGAAUGCGAAACAUGGCCAGUGAAGUUUCAGGGAAAAUGUUAAAAUACCUAUUAGGAAUUGCCAUGGCUAUCCUACUGACCCAUGUAUGUGUUGUGGAAAUUAUCGAUUUUUCAGGAAUAAGUAUGGAUUCGCAGUUUAGCUUCACAGAUGGGUCAGCACAUCAUAUAAGACGAAGAAGUGCAGAUGCUAAUGCAUGUGGCAACUCCUCGUUGGAGUGUGGGCUGAAUGCUAACUGUUCCAUUUACAACGGAAACUACUCAUGCUCUUGUUGGGAAGGAUAUAACAUUACAAACACAAAUGAAACUGUUAAUAGCAGCAAAUCAUGCACAGAUAUAAAUGAAUGUCUGUUCAGUCCAUCUGUAUGUGGUCCAAAUUCCAACUGCACAAAUGAAAUGGGAAGUUACAAUUGCUCAUGUCUGGAUGGAUUCACUGCAACAAACUCAAGUCUCUCCAUCAGCAUCAAUAACACAUGUACAGAUAUAAAUAAAUGUCUGUUCAGUCCAUCUGUAUGUGGUCCAAAUUCCAACUGCACAACUGAAAUGGGAAGUUACAAUUGCUCAUGUCUGGAUGGAUUCACUGCAACAAACUCAAGUCUCCCCAUCAGCAUCAAUAACACAUGUAGAGACCUUUUUCCUGAAUAA